GAAUAAUAAACCUAAAUCAAUGGCUAAAUAUAUUAAUAUAGGCCAGAAAUUAACUUUAAACAUCAGUGUCUGCAAGCAAGAUUUGCUAUAUAAACAGCAGCCAUUUGUAAAAUAGAGUGACUUCCGCCUGAAUCUCGCGCUAUAAGUCUAUAAAAAUAAAACUUUAACAAGAUGGCUGCUAUAGUAAAUGAGCAUGGUUGCAUCUGUUGGAAACAUCGCUGGUGUUCAUUUAUUACUGAAAAGUUUUAAUUCAAUUGUUUAAAAACAGAUACAAUGAAGACUACAUGGAGUCUACCUUGUCUAUUAGUCAACAAAAACACACUGUUUAUUCUUAUUUGUUUGGUAAAAGACACUUUGAGUGCCUGUACAGCCAACAGCUCCCAGACUUUUGAUGUUAUUGAAGAAAGUAAUUACGACAGGACCUACGCCUCCAUCACUGAGGAUGGGAAGCGGCCGCUGGGUUUCAUGAAGGCAACCUGGUUCUACAACCAGCCAGACAACCCUUGUGUCCAAAUUACAGCAGCAGCCAACAAAAGAGUUGAAUUAAUGUAUGAAACAGUACCAAAGGCCAAGUUAUGUGUCAGUUUCCAAGGACCAAAACUCUGCUCAGAUUCAGGAACAGGUCAACAGUACCAAUGUUUCCUUGCCCAAACCAAUGUGGUCAGGCUGGAGUUUUCUGGAGACACGGGAGUGGAGUCUGACAUCCAGUUUUGGUAUCGAUUGGUUAUAGGACCAGAGAGUGCUACAGACCCCAAUGACUACUGGUGUGAUGGACGAACUAAAGAUGAGUUUCCGUCCUCUCUGAAGGAGCUGCCCCAAGACUACCCCCUCAAUCUGGCCCCCACCCAGGCUUACAACACAGGGGACAGCCACACCCAGCCCUGCUGCCUUCUUUUCAUUUCUCUGUACAUCACUCUCUAUCAUAUUGUGGCUGGUAACUUUAUGUAGCUAAACCAUCUCUUUACAUCACUCUCUAUCAUAUUGUGGCUGUUAACGUUAUGUAGCUAAACAAUCUCUUUACAUCACUCUCUAUCAUAUUGUGGCUGGUAACGUUAUGUAGCUAAACAAUCUCUUUACAACCUUGUCAGUAGUCUUAUCAUCCAUGGCUUUAAAACUAUUAACAAACACUAGAACUUGGUUAACAUUUGAUUUUAUUUUUUUUUCAAUUUUAAUUCCAAUAACAUCUAGGUUUGAACAUUUCAAAUGUAUAUUGAUAGAUACGUCUCUAGUGAUGAUCAGUGUGUUCACUUGAUUGUUUGAGGCCGUCGGCCAUCUUUGAAAUAAAUCUUUCAUAUAGUGCAGGGGUCUCCAAACUGCGGACCGGAUGCGGCCCGCGAGGUCUUCUCAUCCGGCCCGCGGUGAUCUUUUUGUCCUCGGAAAAAAAAUUGUUUGUUAGAGGUGGCUGAGGAGUGAGGAGCUUUGCCCAGAAUACUCAAAACAAUUUGAAAAUGUAGAUUUGGGUGCAAGUACCAUUGCCCGUCGUGUUGCAGACAUUGGUGAAAACAUUGUAACUCUAAUAGCGAAAAAUACAAGCAAGUUUCACUAUUUUUUAAUUGCAAUGGAUGAGUCGCUGGACUACUGUUCCACAUCUCAACUGCUUAUGUUCAUUACAGGUGUGGAUGAAGACAAUAACAGCACAAAAGUUGGCUUCCCUACAUAACUUGUAUGGCACUGUUACCGGAGAUGAUAUAUUCAAUGAGAUUAAAAAAACAUUUGCUAGUUAAAACUUGGACUGGACUAACCUCAGCUGAAUGUUGAUGGAGGAAAGUACAUGAGUGGCUUAAAGAAAGGCUUGGUUGGACAAGGGAAUGAGAAAAACAUUCUACAACCAAUGUUCCUACAUUAUUCACCAUCAAGGUCUGUGUGCUUAAUAUAUGGGCAUUAGCAGUGGACUGAAUACAGUGGUGAAGAUGGUGAAUUUAAUAAAGCCACAUGGGCUCAACCAUAGAUAGUUCAGAGAUGUAUUGAAAGAUACAAACACAGAAUUGCAAGAUGUACCCUAUUAUUCAGCAGUAAGAUGGCUAACUUGUGAGAACAUUUUGAGCAGAGUAUUCAGGUUAAGAAAGGAAAUAGGUGACUUCCUGGAAAGUAAAGGCAAGCUACAGCCAUUAAUAUCUGAUGAAGAGAUGGUAUAGAAAUUGGCCUCUGCUGCAGAUGAAACUAGUCAUUUCAAUUUUCUGAACCUAAAACUACAAGAGAGGGAAAUCUAGUUUCUGAUCUAUACACCCAUCUAAAGGCUUUCAGAUCCAAACUUGUCAUGUUUUUGGAACAAGUUCAAGCCAACAACUUGACGCACUUUCAGCAGUGCUAGGUCUUCGUGGCUGAAGCAACCACAGAGUUCCCUACGUCAUUUGCAUGCGAGAUCAUCAAAGACCCCCAGCUGCAGUUUCAGUAGCGGUUUUCUGACUAGGAUUCAAAGGCAAAAGAAGUGAGACUGUUUCAAAGCCCAUUUGAAGCAAAUGUAACCAGUUGCCCAGAUGAACUGCAGAUGGAGGUUAUUGGGUUGCAAGAAAAUAACUUCCUUAGAGACAAGUUUUAAAAACGGCGGGUGUUUUUUUGUAAGUGUUUGCCCAAGAACAAACUUGGACCUCGAGUGUGUUGUCGGCCCCCGACAGCGUUUCUUUCAGACUUUUUUCUCGCAUGGUGGGGUGGGGUGGAAGGUGUGGGGGCGGUAAAAAUCUGAAUAUAUUUCGAUACAAAUUAUAUUUCGUGGGGGGGGGGGGGGGGGGGGAUCCGCCACCCCACAGAUAUCCAUGGAAGAAACUCUGGCCCCCGAACUGAUAUUUGAUAGUUAACGCGGCCCUCGGGCUGAAAAGUUUGGAGACCCUGAUCUAGUGCAAAGAAUUGAUUUGGCACAAUGAAAGUAUUUUGUUGGGUUGUUGCUGUUUUUGUAAUGUAACACUACCAAUGUAACACUACCAAUGUAACACUACCAAUGUAACACUAACAAUGUAACACUAACAAUGUAACAAUACCAGUGUAACUACCAAUUUUACAUUUCUUGUCAAAUUAUGUUUGGGUUGACACUUAAACUUGCAGUGUCUCACACUCAAUCACACACAAUCACAUACAUUACAAUCACGCAACAGAUAUUCACAUAUUUCCAUAGGCCAGUCUAGAUCCACUGCCCAAAUAUUGCUGUUAUUCAGAUAACAGAUUCAAACUUUAGACAUCACACUGACCAACACAACAACUGACCAACACAACAGCUGACCAACACAACAACUGACCAACACAACAACUGACCAACACAACAACUGACCAACACUACAACUGACGUAGCUAUGUUUCCCAUGAAGAAACAUUUUGAAAAGCUCUCUAAAGGGACCUGACUUGGAUGGAGAACUAGGAAAGUUUGUCAACAUGGUUUUCUCCCUUUGGUGGGCGGAUCUCAUGAUGUCUCCCUACCACAACAACGCGACAUAACUUUAUUCUGCUUGUAUAUUUUAAAACUGUUUUCCUUUAUAUUGAACUUCAUUGUGGGUUAUUUGUACCAGUGGUGUUUUACUUUAUAUAAGCCAUGGGCUUUACUACAUGGUGAACGAUAUUAGUGACAAAGAAAAGAAAAACUAAAUAACUAAAAAUCCGACACAUUUAACAUAACAUAGGUUAACAAUACCUAUUAGAACAACCAAAUUAUAUAUAUAAUUAGUCAACACAGCACCUUAUUAAAUGCACACACUGAUUAAGAGACUUAAAUGACACAGUUAAAAAUCCGGCUAUUCAGUGGUAUUUAUGUUUUUUUAAAGUAAUUUGUAUUAAUUUUGGCUGUGAAAAUAGUAUACAUUUCAUAGCGUACUUCUUUAUAAGUUGAUCUAAAUCAAAUUUGAAAUAAAUAGUUAAUGUCUUCAAGUUCUAAAAUUGGAAGAUGACGGCAUUAGUGUUGUGUACUUUCCGUAGUUUAAAAAAGUGGGGCAUGUGACGUCAUUGUUUUUUGCGUGCUUGUCACAAUAAUAAACACUUUUCCAGUUGCCUAAGUAAAAAUGUUUUUCUACAUUCCAAUAAGCCUUUAUUUUUAUUUUAUUUCUUUAAAUAAAAUUUAGUUUAUACAUUUAAAACAUCCAAUAUAUUAUUUUCAAUAAAAGUCCGUAUCUUUAACUUUAAGUUCUCCAUAUAUCGCUGAAGAUACUGAUAGACUCGGGACAUAUUUUGCGGACAGAAAGAGAAGUGCGUCAUGGGCUUGUAUAUAUUUGGAUUGAAAAUCCUUGUGGGUUAUUUGUAUCAGUGGGUUUUUUCUUCUAUUGUACUAGGUUUUUUUUUCACGGUAACAUUUUUCUACACAUUUUUUUCUAAAACUUUUCUACACAAUUUACUACAGAUUAUCACACUUCGAACUGAGCAGGUCUCAGGCAAUAUUGAAAAAUAAUAAACAUAUUUAAAUGAGCUUCUUA